AUGAACACGGGACAAAAUAAACACAUUUACCUCGAGGUUCCAACUUUCCUCGGCACUGAUUGCAGGAAAAUCCAUUCAAACGAUCGAUUGGUCGAUAGAGGAACCCAGACUGCAGUUGAGAUUGCUGGAACCUCUUCAACAAGACUUGGAGAUUUUCACCGAGUGAUGAACGACCGAUCCAUUGGCGAGGUAGAAUCUGAGCUGGAUCAGGUCAAGCAAAAAUUAAGAACCACAGAAGAUACCGUUGCAUAUCUUUCCGACAAGGUGGGAACGUAUAGGCGUAGAUGGCUCGAGGAAUACUACCGAGCUGAAAACCUCAAACACCAUAUGCCCUGUGAGGUUUGCAUACCCGACCUCCCCCAAAUCGCAGAAGGUAUCCCUUCCCCUGGUUUCUCUCCAGAAUUUUUGGAAUGGGAAGAGCAGAACUAUGGAGAGCAUACUUAA